GAGGAAGAACGAAAGGGAGCUACACGCUGAAACCUGAAGCAGCCGACGUCUUCUGCCCCCUCCAACGCAUUCCUUUCGCAGAGCAACGACCUCUCUUUUUUGCUUCAGCUAUUUAAGUUGUAUUCAUCGCCAACGUUCUUUGUUUUACAGCAACCACAAAUGUCUACUGCUGCUGCAGCGCCGGCGGUGCCUGCCGGGGAGCCCAAGGACGCGGCCGCCGUGGCCCCCACCGCGUCGGACAGCCUUCUCCCUCCCCGCACGGCGUCCAACACGAGCAGCGAUGACGCCGACUCCGCCGUGUCUGCCCAGACGUACUUGGAGAAGACGGUGAUGGGUGUACUGGCUCUCGGGCUGGAGGACGUGUGCAGGGUACGCCCAACGAACCCGGUCGACUACUUAGGCAGUUAUUUGCUGCGUAGGUCAACGGCAAACAACACGGUGGAGGUGACGUACGAGGACACACUGCCGAAGCCGGUGCACGUCGACGGCGAAGACGCGUAG